AUUCCAUCUUGAUACCGAUCUACAAUCGCCAGCCCAAAAGCGCCACAAAAUCAACCAAAUUCUACAAUCACAUAUCCUACAAUACCAAACCCUCCAGCCCAAAUCAUGCCCACCCCCCAGGGCAUUCCCGAGCACGAGCUCAAGCAAAACUCGGGCGUCUCCGCAAGCAUGGCGCUCCAAGCGAUGCAAAAGGCCUGGGAACUUCGCCAGGCGGCAAACGCCGCCGGCGACCCCCAAGCGCGGGAAGAAAUUCUCGCAAAAGCCAUCAACAAGGAAAUCGAAGCAGAGUCUUUCGGCAAAGCAGCAAAAUAUACUCAGUCAGGAACAUUCCAAGGCCUUGCCGCUGGAGCAGGACUCGGUGUGCAGCCUGGUGUUACGCUGGGUAAAGUGACGGGCGCGUUGGUCGGGGGCGUGGUGUCUACCGUCACGGGCUUGCUCGGGGGCGGCGUGGGGUCCGUGUACGGGGCGAUCAAUGGGCCGUUUUGGGAUCUGGGGCAGAUGGCGAGUCAGGGUGUGAGAGGCGUGGUGGGCGAUUUUCCAAACUGGUCAUCCACGCCCGCGCAGAAGAAGGCGCUGGAGAAGAUGGUCAUGCAGACCAGCGAGACGCAAGCACCCUCGCAAAAGGAGUUGGAGGAGAUGAAGGCUCAGGCUCCAGAUGAUAUGCCGCAGACGUGGUCGCAGUCAGCCAAGGAUGUGACAAGCUGGAGACCAAGUGUGCCGUCGAUGCCAUCCGUUCCCAAAGCAAGUACCCUCGGGUUGGGAGGGCUGGGAGCUGCGAUGCCUUCUUGGGGUGGGAAGGCGACGAGCCAGGAUCAACAGAAAGUAUCGACUCAGCCAAGUCAGCCAAGGACUCGGAGUCAAAAGCAGGCAACGAACAAACAACCCUCAACACCCAAAGAAGCUCCGACCCCCAAACAAGCUCCAACCGCAAAAGAAGCGCCACCACCGAAAUCUCAAAAGGCGCCCACAUCAAAGACAACCCCGAAAGCGCAACCUAAUCCAUCAAGCACGAAGCCCACCCCAUCAAGACCCACUGCUCCCAAACAAGCCCCGCCCAAACCUUCUCAGCCCCAGUCAUCCACCAAGCCCACACCAUCGGGCCAAGUAAAGCGCACUUCUUCCAGCGGCGAGAAGGAAACUAAGCCUUCGUCAUCAUAUGCAGCCGAAGAGCGCAAGAAACCAAGGAAGUUGACGAGCAAGACAACGGAGAAGGAAAGUGACGUACCGGCACCAGCCCCGAGGAGAACGCCGCGGAAGAUUGGAACGCGGAAGGCGUAGGAGUGAAAUGAUUUGGAUUAUGUAAAUUGAGUAUCUGCUGAGUGAAUGGAGGCCUUUUAGGCGGCUUUGGUCGAUAUCAAGAGCGUGGAUGUUGUAAUGUAAUGUACACGUCAGUUGCAGAUGAUGCAUGUCUACACAUACCGCCUCAGAGUAACUCCAAAUUGCCAUUCCAAAUCUGCAGA